UUCUGCAUUCGCACCUUUUUAUUUUUUAUUGUUAAAAAAAAAUAAACAAAAAAAUUUAAAAAUGAUAAACGAACUCUAUUUUUAUGUUGCAUGUGUGCUGUUUAUUGACGUUUGUUUGACAAAUUGUUUCAGCAGAACUUUCCAUAAACGAAACUGGAUCGGUUUUAACCAACCAAAUUUAAAGACCACGUCACCUUUACGAUUUAAAAAAGCUGCUGUUGCUGCGGACAGUAAAUUAUGCUCCUCAAUCGGAGUUGAUAUCAUAAAAAAAGGGGGAAAUGCUGCAGAUGCUUUUAUCACAACUCACUGCUGUACAGAGAUAGUAAACAGUCAUUCUACUGGUUUGGGUGGUGGAGGAUUUAUUAUAUAUUAUAGUCGUAAAACAGGAAAAUCUAAAGCAUUUGAUUUUCGAGAGACUUUACCUCGCAAAUUUUUCUUAAACGAAACAUCACGCACUGGUCAGCAAAUCUUGAUACCUGGAGUAUUAAAAGGACUUUUCUCAUUAUGGAAAAAAUUUGGUAGUAAAAAAAUAUCAUGGGAAAAGCUUUGGGAACCAUGUAUAAAAUACGCUCACAAAGGUGUUCCAAUUGGAGCUGCAUUAAAUAAUGCAAUUAAUCAAAUGAAUUUUAUAGAUGAUGUCUCUUUAAGGUCUCUAGUUGAGCUAAAUGGUCACAAACUUAAAUUUGGUGAAAUAAUAAAAAGACCAUUACUGGCAAAAACUUUUGAAAAGAUUUCUAAAUCAUGUGAUGACGGCAUAUUUUAUAAAGGUAAAAUUGCACAACAAAUUGUACAAGAUGUCAAACUUAACGGCGGAUCUAUUACUUUGAAAGAUUUGAGUAACUAUCGUGUUGUUACUAGAAAACCAUUAAUAACUAAGAUUCGAAAUUUAACAGUUCUCACAACGUCAGCUCCGUCAGGUGGACCUUUAGUGUUACUUGCUUUAAAGAUAAUUGAUGCAUUCAACUGGACUAAAGAUGAUUUGCAUAAAAAACCUGCUCUGGUGUAUCAUAAAAUGAUUGAAGCAAUAAAGCUUUCUUAUGGACCGUACACUUUCUUACAAGAUCCAAAGUUUAGCUCAACUGCUAAAUAUGUUGAAAAUUAUAUGGUUGAUCCUUUAAUUGCUUUGAAACGCUUUCAAUUUAUUGAUAAUAUAUCACAUCCAUUUAUUUACUAUGGCCCUUACAAUAAACGUGCGCCUUUUAAUAAACAAGGCACUUCGCACAUUUCAAUAGUUGACAACCACGGCAAUGCUAUCAGCGGAACAACAUCAAUAAAUAAUUACUUUGGAGCGCGAAUUAUGUCCCCUGAAUUGGGAAUAAUUUAUAAUAACGACGCUAUUGAAUUUCAUAAAGAGUGGCGUAAUCAGUAUAACAUUAAACCAGAUUAUCCGCAUUCUGGUAAACGUCCUUUGUCUCAAAUGUCACCAAUUAUUAUGCUUGAUGAAAAAGGAGACGUUGUUGGAGUAUUUGGAGCUGCUGGAGGUCGUUUUAUACCCACUUCAUUAGUUCAAGUUAUUGUAAAUUGGCUAUACUUCCAAGAUAACAUUCGAGUUGCGAUAUCUCGACCUCGGCUACAUUGUCAACUUUUUCCACCAACAAUUUAUACAGAAGAAAGAUUUUCUUCAGAACUUCUUCAAAAUAUUAUGAGAUACCAAGGAGUUUAUAACAAUAGUACUAAAACUUUGACAGAUGAGAUAAUGGGUGUAGUCCAAGCUAUUGUUCGUUUUGAUGGAGAAUUAUGCGCAGAUAGUGAUUAUAGAAAAGGAGGAAAUUCAGCGGGUUGGUAGCAUUGGUAACAACUCAGCAAGUUGAUAACGAUAAUAACGAUUCAGCAGGUUGGUAACGAUGGAUUUAAUAAAGCCUAAAAAAGUUUUUAAUCAAUCAUUUUAACACGAGUUUAUAAAAAAUAACGCUACCAAACUGAAAGAGAAGCCGAUCUUAAUGGGAGUUACUCUAUUUAUAGUCAAUCUAAAACAAUGUUCUUAAUCUAAAAACGGUAAAAAAUACUAUGCAGCACCCUAAAAGUACAAUUUGGUACCCGGGUAAAAAAUACUUACUCAGCAAAUAAAAAAAUUGUUGCUAGGUCUUUUAAAAAGUGUUGUACGGCUUUUAAAGAAUAAACAACCCAAACUAUUUAUAAAAAAAUAAUUUAAAUUAAAAUUAUAGAGUAUUCCAAAUAGUUUACUUAUUACGAAUAAAAGGAUGUUAUCAACCGUUGAUCAUUUACCAAUCAUCAAAUGAUCGUUUGAAUUUAAUUCCAUUGCAUUCUAGGGUUGCACAGAAAGCAUUAUAGUUAUCUUAUUAUAUACAAUUGCAAUUUUAAUUAUAUACACAAUGUUAUAAAAAACAUUGUGUAUAUAAUUACCCCUCCCCUCCCCGCCUCAAACGUGAGGGAUAACAAGUUGAUAAAAUAUUUUUUGUACUAUUCUUAAAUAGACUUAUAUUCAUCAAUAAAUUUUGA